AUGGCUCUAUCACGGCUGGUCCUUCUCACAUCUCUCCUCUCUGCCUGUACUUCGGCCGUCCCCCUCACAAAGCGUGCGACCGAUGUGGUACAAGGGAAACUCGGUAGUGACGGGUUCUGGAAUGAUUACGACGGUGGUCAGAACAAUUACAUACAAUAUACAGGAAACGGCUCGGUAGCCUCGGGAUGGCCAUCCAGUCUGUCUUGGAUAUCCUUCAACGACAUGUGGGUCGCCAACCAGAAGACCAUGUCUCGAAGCUGCAACCACCUUUACAAUCAACCCAACAACUCCGACCAAGAAAUCCAAGACAUAUAUGAUGCCAUCAAACAGAUAUCACAAGAGACGCGGGUAGAUCACCGGUUCAUCUUGGCCGCGGUGAUGCAGGAGACGGGCGGAUGUGUAAGGGCCAAGACGACGGUGUCCCCAGAUGGCACCGUGAGGAACCCGGGAAUUCUGCAAUCUUUCCGAGGGAAUCACACUUGCAAUGACAAUGGCAAAGUGCAGAAUCCGUGCCCAAAGGACCAGAUUCUAGGCAUGAUCUCGGAUGGAGUUGCUGGCACGGCUAGCGGCCACGGGUACGCAUCCGAUAUCAACGCUCAAGCUGACGUUGCCGACAUCGACUACGCAGAGGGAUACUAUCGCGCGGCACGGCUAUACAACUCUGGCGCGAUUGAUCCCUCAGGAGAUCUGGGCAAGGGCUCGGCUACGCAUUGCUACGCCAGUGAUAUUGCCAACAGGCUGACAGGGUGGACGGACGCCCCAUCGGCAUGUACACUGGAUAACAGUACUUGA